UGAAACAAACAGGUAGCCCAGCCAGAGGGCGGUGGUGCUAUUGCACACUUGGCGCUAACCCUGCGCAAACUAUAACUGCAUGCAUGUUCUCUGAUCAGUUGUUAUGGAUCAAUGUGGAGGGAGAGAUGAUUUUUUUUUUUACUUUAACACAUCUGCAGGAACCUCAAUGAUGCUCAACUGGGGGCUCUGAAGUCUGUGCGCGCUGCGACGGAUCAGUUUUGGAGUCGCCAGCAGUGCGCUUUAGCUGGACAGAGGACACACGAUCACGAGGACUAGUCGCAUCGUUUUCUUAAAGUUUGCUACCUUUUUUGCAUGUAUCUUUAUCAGUGGAUUUCUUAUUCUAAAGUUCUCUACGUUUAAAGCUGUUUACAUUGUGUGUAUUUUUUAUUUCUUUAAAAUGGGGGUAAGCUUGCGUAUCGUACAUAAAUGUUUUCGCUCUGUAAGUCCAGCCCUGCGCCCUCUCUCCUAAACUCUCAUCUUUGCAUUUAGUUAGUACAUUUUGGCUGUACACUGUAGGGGCAUCAAACGCCAGUGGGAAAUGGCCAGCGAGCGGAAACCACGGCUUUGUGUCAUGGUAAAAGCGGAGACCGGGUAUGGAUUUCACUUGCAUGGUGAGAAAGGGAAGAGCGGGCAAUUCAUUCGCAAAGUGGAGCCUGGCUCCCCUGCAGAAGCGACAGGACUGCGCGCCGGGGACCGAGUGGUUGCAGUGAAUGGGGUUAACGUGGAAAAAGAGACACACCACCAGGUGGUUCAGCGGAUCAAAGCUGUGGACAAUGAGACCAGGUUGCUGGUGGUGGACCAUGAGACCUAUGAAAGUUUGCGCAGCCUCCGCCUCACAGCCACAGAGGACAUGGCUGUCCUCAGGGCCGGGAUUCCUUCCUCCUCCUCUCCCCCAGCCUCCCCUUCACCUCCCCCAUCUUCGGUCCCAUCCUCCCCCAGCAAGAAGCGGGAGAACGGCUCGGUGUCCAAGCAGCCGGUCACACCAACCAGCCAGGUGCAGAAGCCCACCAGGAGGUCACCAUCGAAGGCUGUGAAGAAGGAGGCUGUUGUUCAGGCUGUAGCCCACAUCCAGCCCCAAUCCCAGUCACAGCCCCAAGUUGACCCGCCUGAGCUUGUUCCACGUCUGUGCCACCUUCUGCGAUCCGACACGGGCUACGGCUUCAACCUCCACAGUGAUCGGUCCAGGCCCGGACAGUACAUCCGCUCGUUGGACCCAGGAUCACCUGCAGACCACGCCGGUCUGCGGCCACAAGACAGGCUCAUUGAGGUAAAUGGUGUGAACGUCGAGGGCAUGCGGCAUGCCGAGGUGGUGGCCUUCAUAAAGAAAGGGGGAGAUGAGACUUGGCUGUUGGUGGUGGACCCAGACACAGACGAACACUUCAAGACGAUGGGAGUUGUCCCCACAGUCAGCCAUCUCAGAGACUAUGAUGGUCCAUCCAUUUCCAACGGCUCCCACAAUCCUCAGAUCAACGGCAGCUCCACCACACAGUCCAUCAGGUCCACGCACUCUGACCUCAGUAGCCGGGGCAACAGCACACAGCUGGCGGACGAUGAGGGCGGCCGGCUGAUGGACCCGUUCGCUGAGAUGGGCCUGAGCGCCACGGCAGCAGAAGAAAAGAUGAAGGUCCAUGCCAAAGAAAAGAAGAGGGCGCCACAAAUGGACUGGAUGAAAAAGUAUGAGCUGUUCAGCAACUUCUGAGAUAUGCGCCUUCAAAGACACUACAAUCAACCAAAGGACAGAGAUAUGAGCUCUGUGUGGGAAGAGAAAGAAUCAAGAUUCAUCAUACAACAUAAGAUAUUUUCUUCCUGGAGUUAAAUGUGACAAAAGAAAAGAAAUGUGCUAUGGAUUUCACUUUUUAAGCCACUUCAGAGACCCUUUACGAGCUUCUUUUCCCUGUUCAAAGUAAUACAUGAAGAAAGUGCUGACUGCAAAAAACUGUGUAUACUUAAAAUCAUACUGUUCAGAGAGAAAUAGCAUCUUUAAACAUUUCGUACAUGUUCUUCUGUCAGGUGGGAGUGUUGCAAACAAGUUUUUACAAAUUUACCUGUCACUUACAUCCUCCCAUUCUCCCCACUCCUAGGGACUUGUUUCAGACAAAUGAAGGACAGACCGUUAUUUUUAUAUUUAAAAAAAAAUUAUAUAAACAACUAUAAAAAGAAAACAGUAUCUCAUUAUCAUGGACUGCAUUUGAAAGAGCCAUAUGGACAUUGUAACAAAAAUGAUUAUGGACAUAGUGGGAGUUUUGGGCUCAGGGGAAGCCCAAAGUUAGCAGAAGAUCACUGUGAAAGAGCUGAAACUCCACCUCCAGCCUAUGCAGAUGUUUCAUAACUGACAAAGAAAAGGAUGGCUGUGUAUACUGGUUGAGUGUAACAUCUCAUACUUGUAUAUUUACAUACAGUUUAUUAACUGAUUAUCAAAUCAGCCCAAAACAUAAUUCCUGUUACUUGUCAUUUAGCACUCAUUUUAAUAAUGUAUCACCACUAACCUCUUUUCCCAAAGUGCUCCAGUGCACAUGAGCAUAACAAAGGGAAGCACCAGUAACUUAAAUGGACAACAAUGGAAACUGGAAUGUAGAAGAAAGGAAAGUUUUCUCAGGUU